AUGACGAAUCUUGAUGGGUGGAAAGAGCCUUUAGCGUACCAUCGUUUUUGUCUCAGGCAUGUAAGAAGUAAUUUUAUGAAAAGGUACAAGAACUUGAGCCUCAAAAGGUUUUGUUGGGCUAUUGGCAGCACCACCCAAGAAAGGAAGUUUCUUGGAUACAAGAGACAAAUAAAAGAAAUCAAUCUUGAAGCUUGGCAUUACCUUGAACAGAUUGAUAAAAGCAAGUGGUGUCUUUUAUUCGAUGAAAAUCGUCGAUGGGGUUGCCUCACUACAAAUAUAUCUGAGAGUAUUAACAAUGCAUUACGAGGGGCCAGGCAGUUACCAAUUAAGGCUUGUAUCAACCUUACCUUCAACAGAACUGUGCAACUUUUUAGAAAACAUAGUGAGAUUGCAAUGAACUGCAAUACACCGUUACCAUCUCGCAUGUGGCGCGUUUUUAAUAAUCGUGACACCCGUGCACAAAGCCAUCAAUUUUCAGAGUUUAACUACACUGAAGGUGUGUACAGAAUCAUCACCAAGUUACGGACAAAUGGUACAGGUGGAAAUACACACACCGUCCAUUAUUUUCAACAAGCAUGUACAUGUGGUAAGUGGCAAAUGGAAAGGUUUCCGUGUUCACAUGCUCUACCUGUUUGUCGACACAGAGGAGAUAACCCUUUCACCAUCAUCAACAGUGCGUAUACUCCUAGAACCUACAUACAACAGUAUCAAUCAAAUUUUUUACCACUUCCUCAUCCUGAUUAUUGGUUGCCUGCAACCUGGAAGAUUAAAGGAGAUAACUCAAAAGUUUCGGUUGGUCGAGGAAGGAAGCGUACAAACCGAAUUCGUAAUGAAAUGGACGUUCGUCAUCCUGAUGAGCCUCGGAGGUGUGGAUUGUGCCAACAACCUGGCCAUAAAAGGAAUGCUUGUUCGAACUUUCAACCAAGAUUCAACGAGACGUAA